GUAGCCGGGCCCGUCUGAGCGGCGCGCCGGAUGGCUGGCGUUCUCGGGGGCGGGGCCGAGGCGGCUGCGGGCAAUGAAGGCACCGGCGCAGGAUCUGAAAAUGGAGUGCGACAUCCUGGACUCGCUCGAGGCUCUGGGGUACAAAGGCCCUCUUUUGGAUGAAGAUGCCCUUAAUAAAGCAGCCGAGAGUGGUCUGGCUUCACAAGACUUCUGCGAUCUUUGUGUUUGGUUAAGUUCCCAAAUACAGCCAUUGUGUGACUUGGAAGAAAGCAUCUCCUCAACAGCUGGUGGUGAAGACGUUGAAAGUUUACAGCUUGAGAUGAGCGGCUUUUUAAAAGAGCUAGCUUGUCCAUAUUCAACACUUGUGUCUGGAGAAAUUAAAGAGCGGUUAAAAAAGAAAGAAGAUUGUCUUAAAGUCCUAUUAUUUUUAAGCACAGAACUUCAGGCUUUGCAGAUAUUGAAAUUGAAAGAACGUAAAAGUUCUCAUUUGACGAAGAAUAAUGACAUCCACCAAGAAAUCCAAAUGAUCUGUGACGUCCUGGGUCUACCAAAGUCAUCACCUUCAUCUUCUGAUAUUCCGGUCUUAUUAAGCAAUAUAGAGUCAAAGGUUAAGGACAUUUUAUCAAAAAUUCCAAACACUUAUGUGGGCAAAUCUCUGCUUAAAACUCCUUUGAAUUCAGAACAAACGGGAAGGUUGGAAAAAAUAAACGAGACUCUUCUCGGUGAAUAUGAAUGCCGGCGUCGUAUGUUAAUGAAGCGCUUAGACGUAACUGUACAGUCCUUUGGUUGGUCCGAUAGAGCAAAGGUGAAAACAGAUGACAUUGCAAGGAUUUAUCAACCCAAACGUUAUGGACUCACUGCUAAAUCAACUAUUUCAUUAGCCCAUCUUCUAGCAGCUCGUGAAGACUUGUCGAAGAUCAUAAGAACAAGCAGUGGAUCAUCACGAGAAAAGACCAUUUGCUCCAUCAAUAAGGUCUUGAUGGGAAGAGUACCGGAUCGUGGAGGCAGACCAACAGAAAUUGAUCCACCACCACCUGAAAUGCCCCCUUGGCAGAAGAGGCAAGAUGGUGGUGGUAGAGGUGGAAGAGGAGGUCGAGGAGGAGGGGGUGGCGGCUGGGGGGGAGGGGGUGGCGGUAGAGGAGGAGGGGGUGGAGGUUGGAGAGGAGGAGGGGGUUUUCAAGGGAGGGGAGGAGGCUACGGUGGGAGAGGUGGGUAUGGUGAGUCAUAUGGUGGAAGGGGAGGGGGAGGAGGCUACAGGAGAUACUGAUACCACUAAAUGUUAACUGACACAAACGGUUCAUUGAGAGUCUGGGAUAAAUUAUAGCUGACUUUGCAGCAUGAUGUUUGAAUUAUCAUCAUCUUCAUCAUCAUCAUCAAACCUUUUAUUGGCAUAACAUACAAACAUGCAUAACAAAUCAAAACAGAAUUACCACCUCCCCAGUGGCACAAAACAUUAGCCAAAAGAAAAGAGGCAAAGCAGUCGGUCAUCACAUCUCUAGGUCUCCAGGGAGAUCUGAUGUCUGCAAUGUGUUUCGAUGACAGAAAACCAAAUAGAGAUAUUUAGCAACUAACUUGGUGAGCUCCUGAUCAUUCCCCAGUAGUAGAAAAUGUAUGACCUCCAACUCUGGUUUCCAUUUGGGGAUGCAGAGUUGGUCUAGGAAUUGCUGGCGGAGAUCAGCAUAUAGUUUACAUUUAAGAACCAUAUGUGUAAGGGUUUCCACCAGGUGGUCUUCACAUGGGCAAAUUCUCCUUCCACCAUGCCCAAGAACUUUCCCCAGAGAAGGGUUGAUGGAUUUGAGUUGAACCUGGCCAGCGGAAAUGCCCUUCUUUAUUGGGGGUUAAGCAAGAAAUCGAGAUAAUUGUGGUUAAUUUCAUGUGCCCAAGAAAGUUGAAAGUAAAGAGGGCAACAUGUUUUCUCUGCUGCUACUGUUAGUUCCUGGCAUUCAAUAUCCCACAACCUAUUUUUUUAUUAUAGCCUUGGCAGAUGGUAGGGACAUUGAUUGCAAAAGUUCCACUGACAGCCCAAGUUGCUGUACCUUUAUGUUAAACUGUUGCAGCCCUGGGGAAUGUUUGAAUUAUGUUGGUCAUGCUUUUUUGAAAAUUACAAUACUCGGUUCCCUAUAAAUCACUUUGCACAUGAUAGCUUUCCUCCACAUGCGACUUCCUUUUAAGACAUUGCAUGUACAUGUGUGCAUUUGUCAGACGUGAUUAUUUAUAUGUGGUCUAAAACCAUGGUUAGCAGGGAGUUCCUGUGAGGUGAAUAUGCAGCGUCUGUGAGAGACUGUGAGCCCAGAGAACAUGCGAGGUUUUCUGUAUAGAAGUGAUAUCUACGUAGAAAACGUUCCAUGUGUGCAAUGGCCUUAAAUGUUUUAAGUGUAGAAUAGUGGUUAAAGAAGCAGUUGGGUUUUUUGACUCUAUGAGAUCUGGAUUUUUAUGUAAUAUGAGAAGCUUCGGAAACAUGAGCAUUAACAAAAUAAAACAGAGUAUAAAAUUAAAAUUGAUUUUCUUUGUAAGUUUUCAAAUUGCAGUGAUUCCCUCCUAUAAAGAAGAAUGUGGGAAGCAUUGUAUGUUAGAUUUGGCCCCCAAUUUCUUCAAAACAUUUAUGAAAAAAUUAGAAAUCAAUACCAGCUAUAAUGCCCUCUGAUUCAAAAUUAAAACUGCAGGAGGUUUCCAUGAAAAUGCUGGGGGGGAUGCGAGUCUGUAUUUUUUUUUGCAGUGGCGAUAAUUGGAGGUCUGCGUUUUUGGUUGGCCUUACUAGCCAAGCCAACAAUUGUGAUUGCCAGGCUAUUUCUGCUACAAGCAAACACCUUCUCCCAACAGCAAAAAAAGAUUCCUCCUUUCCUAUAGGAAACACCGGAGGAAAGUAUUCGAGCUUCACCUGAUGCAUGGCCAAGUCUCUCUGCUGAGUAGCUGCCGAAGGUGUCUUCAUCUCCUCACUUCUCUUUCCUGUGAGAAAGGAAAGGGGAUAGUGCAAACUUCUGCUGAUGCUUGAUGGUGCGGCAUAGAGACCCACCACUGAGCAGCGGCUGCAGGUAACUCCCCUCCCCUCUCUUUUCUCCAAGAGGUGGGGCCUCUUGCUCCAAACUUUCCUCCCAACCUUGUAGCCGAGGAGGAUUCAGGGAGCGCAGCAAAACUGUUGGGAGGAUACCCACCAACUCUUACUGCUUCUAAGUUGAAAGGAAGGGUUUGCACACCACUUGAUUUGGUGAGCCUAAUUGCCAAUACCAUAACCAAUAUGGAUAAGAAUGAAUGAAUGAAUGAAUUUAUUAAUACGGUCGCAGACCAGAAUAUGGAUAAGACAAAAUUACAAACAUCAGGAGUUCCAUAAAAUUGACCUAUAGUAUAUACCACGAACUUACAAUAAAACGAACAGGUUCCCAGUGUGUUCUACCAGAGUUGGCUGUUGAGAAGGAAGGAAUGAAAUGUUUGUGCAUGGACCUGGAAAUGUUGUCCUUGCAACUUUCCCUUCCCACCUGAUGUCAUUCUUUACUUACACCAUCCUUGCUUCCUAGCAGUAUCUAAGUAAGCACAGGGGGCUGGAAAUAUUUGACAGAGCUAACCACUAGAGCAAGCAAAAGAAUAGUACAGUGGAACCUCAGUUUUCGAGCAUCUUGGAAAAUGAACGAUUCGACGCCUGAAUGCCGAAAACCUGUAAGUAAUUGCUUCCGUUUUUGAACGCGCCUUGGAAGUUGAACUGCUUCUGAGGCGCGUUUCUCCGUUUUUUUCAAUGGGUUUUGCCGACUGCCCAUUGAUCCUCUGUUUUUGAAAUAUUUCGGAAGUCGAACGGUCUUCCGGAAUGGGUUACGUUCGAAAACUGAGGUUCCACUGUAACUGAGUUGGGAGCCUCUUUCCUGCAUUUCUUUCCCUGGGAGAAAAAUGAGUUUUUGUCCUUCUGCCUUGCGUACAGUUACAUACACACAUAUCCUAAGCACAUUCUAGCUGUUAGAUAGUACAGAGUUGGUGUUUUUAGUUAGCUAUAUGUGGAGAGCAGGUUAUACAACUAUCCCCAGCUAGAAGGGGAAAAAAAGCUAAGGGUGGAAUAUUCAAAAUAUUCUCUCUGCCCAAGCAUGAUCAGCUUGCCAGACGGAGCCACCCCCUCUCCCCUACAUGCUGUUCUGUGGUUCUGUGAGCCAGAGGUUGGAUAAAGCCUGAGUCUCUUUGCACAGGGCUUCCCUUGACAGCAUUAAGUAAAUUCCACCGCAAGACAUUACUCCAUUUUUUAAAAUGUAAACUACUUUUUUAAAAUAUUCCUUAUCCUUUGCAAAUCACAAUAUAUUUCACCAGAAAGUUAAAACGGUAAAUUACUGGCAGUUUUGGUGUGUCUGUCAACCUUAAAAAAAAUGCAAUAAAUUAAACUUGCUCGGUUUUUGAACGUUUCUAUAAAUCAGUUUUUUUUGUACGUUUUAAACCUGAAGUGUAUUUUGUGAAACACAUUUUCUGUAAAUAGUUUUGUGUUAAGAGCAAUUCCAUUUAUGUUUGAACACUUUCCUUUUAAAAUGCUUGUGGACCUAGUGAAAACCUUGUGUUUUUUUGACAACCAACUGGAGAGUAUUUUGUUUUUAAGAAAUAGGUUGUUUACACCUGUGAGCACUGAGAAAUAAAGUACUGUAAAGCUGU